CUUAACGAGAACGAGAACGAGAAAGAGGAUAAUAGUGACGAGAAUGGUGACGAGCAUGAUAGCGAGAAUGAUAAAGAGAUAGUUAGCCCUGACGAGGCAGAGGACGAUACCUUAGAGCAAGACUUCGACCCGUUCUUGCUACGCGACCUAUGCACAGGCCUGCCAUACCUAACACAGCUUAGGUUUAGGUUCAACUUUUAUACAAACACUAGGCCUAAUCUCAAUUAA